AAUGUGGGUGAAUGACAUCAGCAGAGCAGUGAGCCAGUAAGAGUGUGGCUCCGGGUUUGGGGGGCUGGAAACUCGCUGGAGAACUUCUCGCCUGAAAGCCCCGCAAAGCGCUGCAACUUUUGGGCUCGUGUUCUUCUGCUGAACUUCUGUGAACGAGGAGGAUUUCUGAGAGAACCGAGCGGAGGGAUUGUGAGGAGGGCGAGUGGAGCUCUAUCAGGACGUGUGCUGUCUUUCUUUUUUUCUUUUUGGAAACUUUUUAGGCUAAAAAAGAGAGCAGGAGUAUCACGAGAGCCUUUAUGAGAGAAUUCUCACAGUGAUGUGCACAUGGACAUUUACGCACGCGCCUGUUUGGUUGGUCCGGUGCGGACGCGGCUAAAUGGAAGUUUAACUUUGGAUGACUUUGGCUUUGCACACUUUCGGCAGGAGUUUGUAAAGUUGACGCCGCUUGUCGCGCGCGCCCGGCUCUGAGAGGCUCCAGCUGGACACUCAAACUCUGCGCGUUGCACUUCUCUGGCUUAAAACGAGCGGAGGAUAUAUUUCACAGCUGUCAGGAAUUUCCUCUUUUUUCCAGUCUUUUUUGUUUGUUUGUUUGUUUGUUUGUUGACCCGCGAGCUCGUUUACGUGUUGCGGAUAGGAUGCGAGCGCGCGCGCAGCAGAAGCGCUGGCCGGCCGGUGGCGGAGUGCUCGCGCUGCUCUGCGCGCUGCUGCUAACCGUCGCAGCCGUGCGCGGCUGCCCGGCCAAGUGCAGCUGCUCGGGAUCGCACGUGGAGUGCCAGCAGCAGGGCUUCCGGUCAGUGCCGAGAGGAAUCCCGAGGAACGCGGAGCGACUGGACCUGGACAGGAAUAACAUCACUCGGAUCACCAAGGUGGACUUUUCUGGGCUCAAGAACCUCCGAGUUUUGCAUUUGGAGAACAAUCAGAUCAGUGUGAUUGAGAGAGGAGCUUUUCAGGACCUCAAGCAGCUGGAAAGAUUGCGUCUGAACCGGAACCGGCUGCAGGUUCUGCCGGAGCUGCUGUUCCAGUCCACACCCAAGCUGGGUCGUCUGGACCUCAGUGAGAACCAGAUUCAGGCCAUUCCUCGUAAGGCUUUCCGCGGAAUCACAAACGUCAAGAACCUGCAACUGGACAGCAACCACAUCAGCUGCAUCGAAGAUGGAGCCUUCCGAGCCCUGCGCGAUCUGGAGAUCCUCACUCUCAACAACAACAACAUCACCCUCAUCCCGCUGUCCAGCUUCAACCACAUGCCCAAGCUGCGCACUCUUCGUCUGCACUCCAACAACCUGCACUGCGACUGCCACCUGUCCUGGCUCUCUGAUUGGCUGCGGCAAAGGAGGGGGUUGGCCCACUUUACUCAGUGCAUGUCGCCUGCCCACAUGAGAGGGCUCAGUGUCCCUGAUGUGCAGAAGAGAGAGUUCGUCUGUACAGGCCCCACUCAGUCAGAGCCAAGGUCCUGCGCUCCUCAAGCGUCCGUCUGUCCUGCCAGCUGCUCCUGCAACAACAACAUCGUGGACUGCAGGAAAAAAGGCCUGACCGAAAUCCCGGCCAACCUGCCCGAGGGCAUCGUGGAAAUUCGUCUGGAGCAAAACCUGAUUAAGAGCAUUCCGCCAGGAGCUUUCUCUCCAUAUAAGAAGCUGAAGAGGAUAGAUCUGAGUAAGAAUCAAAUCUCAGAUAUCGCAGAUGAUGCCUUCAGUGGCCUCCGUUCCCUCACCUCACUGGUCCUGUAUGGAAACAAAAUUGCAGAGAUACCCAAGGGGCUGUUUGAUGGCCUGGUCUCCCUGCAACUGCUGCUGCUCAACGCCAACAAAAUCAACUGUCUGAGGGUGAACACCUUCAAAGACCUGCAGAGCCUUAAUCUGCUUUCUCUCUAUGACAACAAGCUCCAGACCAUCAGCAAAGGCCUGUUUACACCGCUGCGCUCCAUCAAGACCCUGCACCUUGCUCAGAAUCCCUUCAUGUGUGACUGCCACCUGAAGUGGCUGGCUGACUACCUGUUUGAUAAUCCUAUCGAGACCAGCGGGGCACGCUGCAGUCACCCUCGACGCCUAGCCAACAAGCGCAUCAGCCAGAUCAAGGGCAAGAAGUUCCGCUGCACAGGUUCGGAAGACUACCGCAGCCGCCUGACCGGCGAGUGUUUCCAGGACCUGGUGUGUCCUGAGCGUUGUCGCUGUGAGGGGACGGUGGUGGACUGCUCCAACCUCAAACUGACCAGCAUCCCUCCUCACCUGCCUGAACACACAACUGACCUGCGCCUGAACGACAAUGAGAUCUCAUCGCUGGACGCCACGGGGGCCUUUAAGAAGCUCCCAAACCUGCGGAAAAUAAACCUGAGUAACAACAAGCUGCGAGACAUCCGGGAGGGGGCUUUCGACGGGGCCGGGGGUGUCCUGGAGCUGCUGCUGACCGGAAACAAGCUGCAGGCCGUCCAGGGUCGCAUGUUCAAAGGGCUGACCGGCCUCAAGACCCUGAUGCUGAGGAGCAACCAGAUCGCCUGUGUGGACAACUCCACCUUCACUGGCCUCAGCUCUGUCCGUCUGCUCUCCCUCUAUGACAACCGCAUCUCCACGAUCGCCCCAGGAGCCUUCAACACUCUACACUCGCUCUCCACCAUUAACCUGCUGUCCAAUCCUUACGUGUGUGACUGUCACCUGGCAUGGCUGGGUCAGUGGCUAAAGAAGACGCGAGUGGUCAGUGGAAAUCCUCGGUGCCAGAAACCUGCCUUUCUGAAGGAGAUUCCCAUACAGGACGUGGCUGCACCAGACUUUACAUGCGAUGGUGUAGAGGAGAAUGCCUGUUUGCCAUCAGUCCCUCGCUGUCCAGAGCCUUGCACAUGCUCAGAUACAGUGGUGCGCUGCAGCAACCGCGGACUGCGCUCUCUGCCCAAGGGCAUCCCCAAGGACACCACAGAGCUAUAUCUGGAAGGCAACCAGCUCACAUCAGUGCCCAAGGAGCUGUCCAGUCUGAAACAACUCUUGCUUGUAGACCUGAGUAAUAACAGUAUCAGCUCUCUGACUCCACUCAUCUUCAGCAACAUGACUCAGCUCUCCACACUUAUUCUGAGUUAUAAUCAGAUCCGCUGUGUGCCAGUGCAUGCAUUUGAUGGACUGCGCUCUCUGCGUUUGCUAACCCUCCACGGAAACGACCUUUCAACUAUUCCAGAGGGAGCCUUCAACCACUUGACGUCUCUGUCUCAUCUGGCUCUGGGUGCUAACCCACUGUACUGUGAUUGUGAGCUCCGCUGGCUCUCCCAGUGGGUGAAGGCUGGCUUUAAGGAGCCUGGUAUUGCCCGCUGUACUGGACCACCGGACAUGGCUGACCGCCUGCUGCUGACCACCCCCCUUAACCGCUUCCAGUGCAAAGGCCCUGUGGAUUUGAAUCUGAUGUCCAAGUGCGCCCCCUGUCUGGCUGGCCCGUGUCAGAACAACGGCACGUGCGUUAGUGAUGUCACCGGGUCUUACCACUGCACCUGCCCCUUCGGCUACAAGGGCCGGAACUGUGAGAUAGCCGCCAAUGCCUGCCUCAGCCAGCCCUGCAGCAACGGAGGCACGUGCCACCUAACACCUGGUCAGGAGGGCCACUUCAGCUGUGUGUGUCUGCCUGGUUUUGAGGGUCAGCGGUGUGAGGUAAAUCCCAACGACUGUGAAGACAACGACUGUGAGAAUAACUCCACCUGCGUCGACGGCAUCAACAACUACACCUGUAUCUGCCCCCCCAACUACAGAGGGGACCUGUGUGAGGAAGUGGUGGAACCCUGCCUGCCUGGCUUUGACCCCUGCCAGCAUGACUCAAAGUGUGUGCCUCUCAUCAAGGGCUAUAGGUGUGAGUGUUUGCCGGGAUAUGUGGGACAGCACUGUGAGCAGGACUACAACGACUGUCUGGAGAACAAGUGCCAGCACGGGGCAGAAUGUGUGGAUGCCAUCAACGGUUAUACCUGUGUGUGCAAGGAUGGCUUUAGUGGCCUGUUCUGCGAGAACCCUCCUCCUAUGAUCCUGCUGCAGAAGACUAGCCCAUGUGAUCAGUCAGACUGUCAGAACGGUGCGCAGUGUGUGAUGGUGGAGGGUGAGCCUUGGUGUCGCUGUCUGCCUGGCUUCUUCGGCAACAAGUGCCAGAAAAUGCUCACUGCGCACUUCCUGGGCAAAGACGCAUUCACAGAGCUCCGCGGGACAAAGAUCCUGCCUUCCACUCAUAUAUCCCUCCAGGUAGCUACUGAUAAGGACAAUGGCAUGCUGCUGUAUAAAGAGGAUCACGACCCUCUGGCUCUUGAGCUCUAUCAAGGCCACAUUCGGCUGAUGUACGAUAUUGCCAAGUACCCUCCAACCACCGUGUACAGUGUGGAGUCAGUGAAUGAUGGCUUCUUCCACUCAGUCGAACUGCUGAUCCAGAAUCAGACACUUAGUCUGGUGGUGGACAAAGGAGCCCCCAAGAGUCUGGGCAGGCUGCCCCGGCCGCCCGCAGUGGAGUUCAACACCAAGCUUUUUGUUGGAGGUGUGCCCUCUGCGGUCGGCUCGUUGGGCUUGCGUUCUGGGCCUGACCGCCAGUCUCCAUCCUUCAACGGCUGCAUCCAUAACGUGCGGAUAAAUGGUGAGCUGCAGGAGCUGGGCAGUGGGCUAGCUGGCACGGCGGGCAUUCUUCCUGGCUGCCACUCCUGCAGUGUGUGUGCUCAGGGAGCGUGCAGGCAGAGGGGUGAGGCGGGAGUGACCUGCGAGUGUCCAACCAGCAGCAGUGGCCCACUGUGUGACCAGCAAAGCACCAUCAACCCUUGCCAGAGCAGCAGGUGCGUGCAUGGCCUGUGUGUGGCUAAGGGCUCAUCCUAUAGCUGUAAGUGUGCUCAGGGUUACUCAGGCCAGUACUGUGAGAGGAGAGAGGAGCCGCUGGCCUGCAGAGGGCAGCACUGUGUACAUGGAGAGUGCAGGGUGGACGAGAGUGGAGCAGCGGCAUGCCACUGCCAGCCUGGCUACACGGGCCCCAACUGUGAUACAGAGCUGACCUGUCAUGGGGAGACAAUCCGGGAGUAUCUGAAGCGUCACAAUGGCCACAAGACGUGCACAUCCACCAGUAGGGUGCCCAGGGUAGAGUGCCAACGCGUCUGCCACCCGGGUCUCUGCUGCACGCCCACCAAAAGCCGCCGACGGAAAGUCACCUUCAAGUGCACCGAUGGAACCUCCUUCUCUGAAGAGUUGGAGACGACCUUGGAGUGCGGCUGUUCGAAAUGCCCCUCAUAAUGAUCCCCAUCGUAUCCCCCCCAACCCUCAGCCGGGAGGAGAAAUAGGGAGAGAAGAAAAUAUAUUGUAAAAUAAAUAAAAAACAAAUAGAACUUAUUUUUAUUAAGGGAUUUUUUUCUAAAGAGGAAGAGACUGUUUUUAUGAUGUUUCUUAUAUGUGUAAUAUGAAAAGUUUUGUAUCUGAACAAAAAUCACACACACACAACAGAUUAACAUUCCUGAAAAUAUAUGAAUUUAUAUAUAUAUAUAAAUAUAUGUGUAUAAAUCUAUAUAAAUGUACAACCUAACUAAAAGAUUAAUUUGGUUUGUUUAUUGCAUGUCUGUGUGAGUGUGCGAGGGGAGUUUUCGGGACACUUUAAGAGUUAAAACAUGAAUCAAAACGUGCCCAUACUGCCAAUCAGGAGAGCAUUUGAGGAACCUCAGACGUGAAGAGGAUCGCAAUAAUGUGCUCCGCUGGUGAAACAGGAACUUUUUUUUACCAGUGCCUCUUACCCAGCAUGCCUUGUAAAGGACUCCAUAAGGCUCACCUGCAGAGCUAAUGGAACGGCUAACGGGAUUGGAACUUCUUAUCUCCAGAGCUCUGAACUGGUCUCUUUUUUGCGCUUCAGUUCCUUAUGGUUGUUUUUUGUUGUUGUCUACAUGUUGUCCCAUCAGAGAGAGAGGGAUCAGUAGUGUUUUUAGAAGGAUGGCUCUGGAUCACUGGUCAUACAUCAGAGUUAAAUGUAUUUCUCGCAUAACUGCAUGGAAGUAUAUAUGAUUGAAUGUGAACUCGUGCUCUGUGGUCAAGCAGCGGUUAGUCCUGCUACCUGUUCGUCCUUACCUGGUACGGUUGCUCCAAACACGUCUUAUCGUAGCAGUACAGACCAGCAAUACAGACCGCAGUGACAGCUCUGAUGGAAAGCUCUCCAUACUGACGCAGUAUUCCGUCAUAACCGUCCCUUACUAAUAUAUUAAACACAAAUAUGUUACGCCCAUUACUACUGUAUUUUGUAUCAUAUACCCAUUGUUGUUGUUU